ACGCGUAACCGGAUACAACGGAGCAGCUGCGGCGUCGUUUUCCGUAAGCUCGUGAAUCUCUUGUUACCUAGCAACCAGUUUGUUUUCAGUGUGAGAGAAGAAGGUGAAGGCUGCUUCCGAGUCAGAAAUGUUUCAGGUGGAGUUGCCUCGCGAACGAAAAGCCAGAGAGAGCGUGGAGCGGCGCCGGAACUACGAGGCGGACAGGCGGGAGAGGAUUUUUAAUGAUAAAUUCAGGACUAUUGGGGUAGAUAAAGAAGCUUUAGAUCUGCAGGUGAUAGAGAAGCUGAGAAGAAAAGCAGAAUUAAAAAAUCAAGAAGACGCUCACGAUGCUGAUGUGCAGCAGUACAACCGAGCAGCGUGCCUCCUCCAGAGGCGGCAGGAGAAGGCGGACCGCUCGGCGCACCAGGCCCGAGCCGCGUUCUGGCACCAGAACCAGAAUCUUCAGAGCCGCCGCGACUUCGACCUCAACGACCCGGACGCCCUGAAGAAAACCGAGUCCCAGAUGGUUCUGCCGGGCCUGUUGGGCGAGGACCCGGAGGCCGGCAGCCGGCAGCAGAGGCAGCAGGAGCAGCUGAGGGACUGGCUGUUGCAGCAGAAGAACGAGCUGCAGCAGAAACGGCUGCAGAUGAAGAUCGACGCGCUGCUCGACGACCAGAACAGAGAGGAAAUGGGCCGCAGAGCCAUGGAGCUCCAGAACCUGGAGAUGGCGAAGAGAAAAGCCGACCUCAUCAACGACGCAAACUACAACGUAGCAAAGCUUGAGGAGAAAAUGAACCGGGAACGGGAGCAGCGUGAGGACGUCGCUCUGAGCGCCCUGAGCAUCCCCGCCCUCUAUCCCGGCGCCAACAGGAAGGAUCCUGCAGAGACGCAGCAGCAGGUCACCCAGUUCCAGCUGCGGCAGGUUCUGGAGAAGAAGAGGCUGGAGAUGGAGAGGAAGCAGAGGGAGGAGAACCAGAACCGGCUCCUGCUGGACUCGGCCCGCAGCGCCCUGCUGCUAGAGCGGCUGCAGGAGAAGCAGAACAAGCAGCUGAGGAAACACCUGGACAGCGUCAACGCUCAGCUGGCCCAGAUCCGGCUGCAGGAGACGCCAGACCUGAAGAGGGGGCGGAUCGACGACGUCUUCUUCACCCAGUUCAACACCUGCAGCAGAUGACGCAGGAUGACAUCACAGCGC